UGAUCAUUCAUGCAAACCGUUUAGUUGUGUACAAAUAGUCACGAGCAUCGGAACAGUUGAUGAGCUAGUGGACAGUCUACUUUUCAAUCGGUGUUUACAGACAAAAUAAAUCAAGAUGAAAUUACUUAUCGUCGUUGGGCUACUUUGCUGCAUGUUUAUAUUCGGGGAGGCCAUAACCUGCAACCAAUGUCAAUCGAUAUAUUCAUCGAACGCCGAGGCUUUGAACAUAUCAGAUCAGGUUAGAAGCUCAUGUACGGAGCCUACACAGGCAAAUUGCAGAGGAAAUGCCAGCUGCUUGACAAUGAUAGUCCUGUUUAACUUCAUGCAUGAAACAGAAGGUCUCAUAACCAUGACGAACUUAUUACGAGGAUGCGACACGCGGUAUAGCCCGGGUGGAGACGUAUGCCUAGACGAUGCAGCAGUUGAAAUUGUCAAAGCAGAUUUGCCAGACUUUGGAACCAAUCUGAAGCCCUAUCUUCGUGCGAUAUACCUGAAUUUCAGCCUAAGCUUUUGUGUGUGCGAUAGCGAGGACUUGUGUACCCCGCCCUCACCGGUCGUUCCGAUGACGGAGCCUGCCCCAGAACCAGGCAAUGCUAUAACAUGUGUCACGUGCAUGGAUAUUACCUCAAAGAGUGAUGUUGCCAUCGCUGCCGACAAGGGAAUUCCCUCCUGUUCAGAUAACCCGACCAGUGUGACGUGUCCCGCUGGCGUAUCAAGCUGUAUCUCAGUGGAAGUCAACGCCUCCUAUAGCCGUGACUCAGGGCCUAAUGUGAUGCUGACGAAGGAGCAACGUGGAUGUGCAUCCCUAGAAGGUGCUUCCUUGAUCCCCCAGGGAGAUGCAUGCCUCGACAAAGCAAGUGCGGAAGAGUACUUGAAAGUGGCUGAUUCGUUGGCCGUGAUGUCAGCUGAAGAUGAAUUGACUUUCGAGAGCAUAUGUGGCGUUACCAUCUGCGUCUGUGACGGCGCCGAAAACUGCAUGCCGCCUUCCCCUCUCGCAGACAAUACUACACCGGGAGGCUGUGAUCUGGUGUCCUCGGCUGCAGGGCUUGACACUAGUUACGCCUUUGCUGUUGCCUCGAUCCUAAAUGUCGUUAUCUCAAUGUUUAUUUUCAAGCGGUAAGAACGUGUUGAGAUCCAUCCCCAACCAUGCACAUGAUACAAGGCCAUAAUCAUAAUACAGAGUUUGGCCAAACUUGGAAGGGGAUCAGGGGCCAGUUUCAUACAAGUUUUUAUCUAUAACAAAUGCGAAAUUUCUAUGAUGAAUUUGCUCUCAGCCAAUCAGAUGCCUUGAUUUCAGUAGCGUAUAACCGUAGCUUGUAAGUUGUUAUUGAUAUUGAUAUCAAGUUUUAUGAAACAGGGUCCAUUUCUUGGCGCCAAAAUCUGACCUAUGAAAGCUCUUGUUGCGUAGAUGCAUGUGUCACAACUAACUUUCUCAAAAUUCGAAUCAAAUGCAAUUAGCCAUAAUUUAGUGGAAUUUAAAUUGAAUUGCUCGUUAGCUUGAGAUAUUUAGCCCUGAAAACUAUUUAACAUCAAAUAUCGAUGAAGCACAUAAUUAUUGAUUUUUUUUCAUCGAAUUGAGUCAGGAGCGGUGGUUCAUACUUAGAAUAAAAAGAUUGGGUGGUAGUAUUUUGUGUAAUUGUGGUGUGGUGGUUGGGCUGUUCGUGUAUAUGUGCGUCCGUGUUUGUGGUGGUGGUGGUCAGGCGCGUACGUCUGCUGAAUGAUUCAAUGUUCAAGCAGAACUAAUAUUGCAAAUUAUUUCUUAGGGAACAGAUUUUCAAAUAUUAUUAUGUACCGACAAUAUUAUUGCAUGUUGCUCUUUUUAUCUCUCUUAAGUGUUAUACUGCUAAUCCAUGUUUCUAUGCUAACUCAUCAGGUAUAUAUUAAAUGUUAAUUUUUAUGGAAAA